AUGAGAGAAAGGACACCUCCAAAUGAGGGGGAACACCAGCCCUUUUAUUUGCGCCUCGGCUUCGCAGAGUCGCGAGCUGCAGGUCUCUUCUCCGGGGGCGCAGGAAUCAGCUGGGAGAAUGCAACGCUGAUUGAGUGGUUCUUGUCCGCGGUUCUGGACCAGCGCACGCGGUUAUUCGCCGGUAUGGGGAACUUGGCAGUCAAUGCGCAGGGUCAAAAAGGCCAAGCUGCCCUAGCACUGUGA